AUGGCGGCGGAACCGCCAGAGCCCGCAUCCUCGCUGGAUGCCCAGCUCGCGGCCUCUUCCUCUUCCGCCGCAGCCGGCGUAGGUGGCCCCAAUCCGUGCUGUGCGAAGCUGUGGAAGAAGUACCAGAAAUUGGAGACGGCGCUGCGGGAGGCGGUGAAGCUCCUGCAGGCUGAGAACGAGAAGCUGCACAAGGACAACUCGGAGCUCAGCAAAACGUGCAAGGAGGAACGCCUCCGAGGUGAUUCAGCAGAAGCAGUUAGGGCGACUGAGUCUGAUGCCAGAGAUCUGCUGGAAAAGGAGAUAAUUGAAUUAAAGACACAGAACUCAAGUUUGAAGCAAACACAAAAUACCUGCAAAAAUAAUGAUGAACUUUUACGCAUCUCUGAAUUGGAGGAAGAAAAUAGAAAGCUCAUACAGGUUUUAGGGAAAGAAAGGAAGAAGAUUACUUCUGAGAAGAAAAAUUUUGAAGAAGAAAAGUGCGAAACUCUAGAAAUGCAAAGGAUAUUGAAGUCAGAAACACAGAAGUCUGAAGAGUAUAGAAGAGUUGCUGAUAUGGAAAGAAAAGCUGCCAAUGAUUGGAGAGCAUCAUGUGAAAGGUCGAGGAGUGAAGCAAAUGAAAUCAGAGCACACUUCACUGCUCAGGUUAAGAAAACAGAAGAAACACUUAAAAGGGCCGAAGCGGAGAAGCAGAAGGUAGCCAGAGAAAAGAAACGUGCUGAUUCAGAGAAAUCAUUAUCUGAAAAGAACAAAGCACUUAUUGAAGUUGAAAAGAAAAAAGUAACGGAACAGAAGUGCAGUGCUGACAAUUUAUUUGCAAAGUUAGAGGAGCAGAAGAAACUCAAUGAACAUUUGCGAACUAGCAUACAGGUUGAAACAAAGAAUGCAAUAGAAGAGAAAAAACGAGCAGACCAUUUGUUCCAGAAAUUAGAAGAGGUGAGAAAACAGACUGAAUAUUUACAGAGGAAGGCAAAUGAAUUCUCUGCAGGUAGAGAUGUAAUUUCUCCUGGCAAGUAUGGGCGGCGACAUGUUGAUAGAACUUCUGAGAGUGCAAAUGUAAAGCUUCUCAAAGAGAAGCUUAAGCUGAAGAAAGAACAACUAAAGCAUGUAAAGAAUGCGUCCAAGCUAGAUAAAGCAAAAACUGCUUUAAUAAGAAGAGAGCUUCAACAUUUCAAGCAAGACUGGAUGCAGCUACUGAGUCGGUUCAACAUGCUGGAUGACCACCUUGCUCGCGGUGUUGAAGGUAUUCAUGUCUUAACAGAGUUGAAUCAGCAUCCGGAGAUACGUGGCUUUGAACAGAAGCUGCUUCCUAAUGAUUCAGUUCCUGCCCCAUAUUUUGGGUUGCAGGCUGGGAUAGUUCCAUUUGGCUCUUCUAUCCCAAGUGAAUACACUUCAUAUCAGUUACCCAGAGAAAGCUGCUCACGACCAAUCUCAGGUACUAGUUCUCACAGAACAAAGUCAAAAAGUCAGCACAGAUCUUCAUGUCCAACAUCCAUAUCUGAUGAAAAAUUCAUGGGCUCACAGGGUAAGGAUAGCCUAUUUCUCUCAUCGACAGAUAUCAGAAAAAAACAGAAUUCAGUUGUUCCCGAGCUGCCUCCUAAAGUUAGUAAUGAUAGAGCAUUGCCUCCACAAGCAUUGAGGAUACCCUUGUCUUGUGGUACGGAAGUUACAGAUAAAAGAGAAACACAUUGUGGUGAUAGGAAGAGAAAAAGGACCAAAAGGUCUCCAGAACCCUCUGCUUAUCUUCCCUCUAAAAAUGAUUUGCUGCAUUUGAAAUCAAAGGGGCAUGCUGCCACUUCAAAUGUUGCAUUAGCAUUUGAUGAUGAUCCUUUGUGUCUGCAGCAAGGAAAUAACACCAUGUGUGUGACUGAAGGUGACAUGGAAAAUCAUAGGAGAAAAUAUCUUGUUGUCUCUGAUAGAGCUCCUCCACUCAGUUUCCCUUCUAAAGUGUUUUCUUGUGGAGGAAAUGGUUGUGCUAGUAGCAAGUUUGCUUCAUUGAUCCCCUUUGAGGAAAUGGUCAGGGAAAACUGCUUAAAGUUGCUCAAUUUGGAUGAUGAUGCAGAUGAGGAAAAUGACAAUUCAUCAAGUCCUGGGCUGCAAGCUAAUGUUGGGACAAGUGAAAUAACAGUGACCAAGCCAAACAACAAAGUCUCUAAUAGUUUGCUUGGGCAUCAUUGUGGAUCUGAAAAACCUCCAAUGCACUUAGUUGGAUUUACAAGAAUGAAAAGAAGCAACAUGAUGAACAUAUUUCGGUAUUGGGAGAUGCUGAGUUCUCAAUCUCAAAAGUAUUCUAACAAAGCUUUAGUUGAUGGUCCAUUCUUGAUAAAGUGUCAACUAACACAUUGCUACCUACAGAGUAGUGAGAAGGUUUCCCUCAUAUUUUCCCUUUUGUUGUGGGAUAUUAGAUUCGCAGAAGAAACUUUUGCUGAUGGAAAUUUUGCCUCAUCAGCUUUUUCGUUGAGUGAUGGUUUCAUCUCUUCACUAUUGGAUGAGCUGGAUUUAUGUUCUCUGCAGUGGAAUAACCGCGCCUGCUCAAAUGAAACUAUCGCAAGGUCCUUUGUCGAUGAUGUUGGUUAUGAGGAGAGAAGUGUUAGUAAGCUGAGGAACAAAUUAUCAUCAUUGUUAACAGGGACAAGUUUUACAGAGUCAUGGAGUUUAAGUGUUCAGUUUACUGCCAUUGGUGCAUUGGUCAGCGUCCUUCCACUGCCAUUUGACAAAAUUGCCACUGAAAGUAGACAAUUAUCAGGUUCCUUUGUUGUGCAGGAUCUGACAGCGGCGGCGGCGGCGGCGGCGAUGAGUAUAUCAGGCGAGCUUCCCCGCGAAGGAUCUGACGGUGAGGAGGAGGUCUUCAUCAACGAGGAGGACAUCAUCCACGAGAUAACCAUCGACGAUGAAGAUCUCCCCGACCGCGACGAAGAAGAUGACGACGUUGGCGACGGGAUGGUUGACUCAGAAGACGUCGAUGAUUCUACAGACACAUUUCAAGGCCACAAAGACGAAGUCUUCACUGUUGCGUGCAGUCCUACAGAUGCAUCACUUGUGGCUUCUGGAGGCAAAGAUGAUAGGGGAUUUCUGUGGAGGAUUGGAUCACAAGAGGGUGCCUUGGAGCUGACUGCUCAGGAAAUUUACAGAAUAGCCGUUCUUGAUACAGGACAUAAGGAUACUGUCGGCGCAGUGGCUUUCAGUUCAGAUGGGAAUUUGUUGGCUUGUGGAAGUUUUGACGGGCAAAUAAAUGUGUGGAAUACAGCUACACGAACUCUCAAGGGAACCCUUGAGGGUUCUGGAGUCAGGUGUACCUAUGAAUGCUCUGUUCCUUGUGAAGGUAAACUUAUAUGUACUGGAUCGGAUGAUGCAUCUUUGAGGAUAUGGGACCCAAGAAGUGCACAAAGCAGACAUGUUGUUCGAGGCCAUGGCUAUCAUUCUGAUGGCUUGACAUGCUUAUCAAUGACUUCGGAUUCACAAACGGUUGUUAGCGGCUCCAAGGACAGUUCUGUGCACAUUGUGAAUGUAAACUCGGGCCAGGUCGUUGGCUCAUUAGUAGGCCACACCAAUUCCAUUGAGUGCGUUGGUAUCUCACCAAGCUAUGGCUGGGUAGCCACAGGGAGCAUGGAUCCAAAGCUGAUCAUCUGGGACCUCACGCACCAAUCCAGCCGAUGCACCUGCGAACAUGAUGAGGGCGUGACAUCACUGGCAUGGCUAGGCUCGUCAAGGUACGUUGCGUCAGGAUGCAUUGACGGCAAGGUGCGCAUCUGGGACAGCCUCUCUGGGGACUGCGCCAGGGUGUUGAGUGGGCAUGCAGAUGUAGUACAGUCGCUGGCCAUCACUGCCGACGGCAACACCAUGGUCUCCACCUCAUCAGAUGGCUCCGCCCGUGUGUUUGACAUCUCCAUGUUCAAGUGA